GCCAUGUCUCUGGAACUGUGGGCUUUUAUCAUAGCAUUAAUUCUCGAUGCUGUGCUCAUUUUAAUGAUUGUAUGGCAUAUUAUUGCCUUUGACGAACUCAAAACCGACUUCAAAAAUCCGGUAGACUUGUGUAAUAAUUUAAAUCCGGUGAGUAUAAUCACUCAAUUAGAAAUAUGGCUACGUAUUGCCGCUAUUUCCAGAUUCUUAAUCUUACCGGAGUAUGGAAUCCAUCUAUUUUUCUGCUUCUUCUUCUUGGUGGAUGGUCAGAUAUUUGCUUUGCUCAUAAAUUUGCCAGUAAUCAUAUACAAUAUUUAUCGAUAUGCCAAUCGACCAUUCAUGACUGGCCCCGGCUUAUACGAUCCUACGACGGUUAUGAAUAGCACAGAACUAGCCAAGCAUCAGAAAGAAGGAUGGGCGAAGCUGAUCUUCUUCAUUCUAUGCUUUUUCUAUUAUUUAUACAGGCAAGUUGCAUGCGAAAUACACAUAGAAUACUAUUUUGAAAUCUAG